AAUGAAGAGGUGCACCGCAGAGGUUGUUCCGUCUGUACUACAACAGGGAAGUGAAUAGGUUCCGUUCUGUUUCGGGAAGGUGCAGUCGGAUUUAUAUUUGAAGGAUGUGUCAUUUCAAGAAAUUCAAUAUUUUAGUUUCCGUUUGAGUAUUGCAUAUUACAAGAGAUUAUGUUUUUACCCCGACGAACUUGUCUGGUCUGUCAGAAAGUAACACACGUAUUCGUAUAAAAUGUGCUGCAUCGCUCUCAGUCCACUGGUCAUAUGAUUUUGCUUAUGCUGACGUUACAACAUUUCUGUUGUAAAACAACGUCCUCAGGGUACAAUUCAAAUAAUUUAAAGUCCAAUCUGAAACCACAAUCUGGACACCAAUCCUCGAAAGCAAAUGGAGUUUUUGAUCCGGCACACCUGGGAUAGCAAUCCUGUGAAUCAUGACCCUAUCAGGGUUGUUUUCUCUCCUGGCCAAGGGGGGCUGAAGAUUGAAGUGUUUGGUCCCUUCUUCAAUGACCCAGCAGCUCCUGCAAGCCCCCCCAGUCAGCCCUUCCCUGGACUCUGGGAUUAUGAAGUUGUGGAGUCCUUCUUCCUUGACAGUACUACAGAAAAUUACCUAGAGGUGGAGCUUUGUCCACAUGGACAGCACCUGAUAUUAUUGCUGUCAGGAGUUGGCCAAGCAUUCCUGCAACAACUGCCCAUGGUGUUUAAUGCCACCAUCAAAGGGGACAGGUGGAUGGGCGAGGCUCUCCUUCCCUGGUCGUACUUCCCUCCCAAUAUCAACAAGAUGAACUCCUACGCCAUCCAUGGCUCAGGAGAGAAGCGUACAUACGAAGCCCUCUACCCCGUCCCCAAGGAGGAGCUAGUGGAAGGCCAAAGACCCAACUUCCACCGUCUGGAGUAUUUCCAAAAUUUCCGCCUGCAAAGCAUCAUGGGAGAAGGUUGGGUCCAGCCAGAUUCUGAUCUGUGGAUAGGAAAGCCCUGAGAUUGUCAAAAAAGCUUUUCCCUCUCUCUUUCUGUCUUUUUCUUGCACACACACGCACACAACACACACGCACAUACACCAUGGCGGCAGAGCAAUAGUACAAACACUCUUUGACGGGGAACAAAGGGCAAUCAAUCCUUAUUAGUUAAUGAUGUCAAAUGAUAUGACAAAAAAUAUGUUAUCAGCUUGUCAGAGCGUAUUAGCCUUCACACACAUCUUUAGAAGCACACAGUCACACACAUAUCACAAGGUACUGGACGUCACAUUAAAUUGCCUUGGCAGAGUGUGACCUGUAGCGCUUAUACUGUGGAUGGUGGCAAGGACUGCUCAAUUUGACAUUCAGCUCCGGUGUAGCCUGUGCGUUUCAUUUCAGUGAGUUGAACCACAGCAGGUAUUUGUGAUUGUUUGCCCUGACUGUUAAGAGACACAUGCGCAAACAAUCACACACCACUGAAGUGAAAAAUCUGUUCUUUGGAGUUGCAAGCCAGAGCUUUUGGAUUUGUGCCGUACUGUCAUUAUAUCCUUUUGCAAUCAUUCCACUGACUUUAUGAAUAUCAUUUUACAUUUAAAUAUCUUUAUAUAUUGAUUACAUAUUGCUGGGGAUGUGUAUUGUCAUUUUUUUCCCCCUCUGUGAGUGUCUGAUAAAUGUCACUAUAAUUGUAUUUCUGAUGUGUGAUCAUGCUUCACUGUGUUUCUGUCCAUUAAAGUAAUUGGUGGUUCAUCA